AGAGGAAAUAAGGUAUUAAAGUGCUAAUUAGUCCUCGACAUAUAUAGAAUUCUGAGAUUAUUCCUCAUGCUCACCUUUUGAAUUAAAACUUUUAACAACUAAAUCAAAUUGUAAUUCCCCGCGUAUUCCUCGUUCAUAUUCCAAAACCCCAAAACUCCAUGAAAUCUGCAUUAAAAUGGAAGAAGAGAACCCACAAAUCCCUCCUCCUGAAAUUUCUUUCCACUUCUGCCCUCCCCAGCCCCCAUUAUCCCCUCCGUGAUCUCUACCCCUCCAUUGCCCAAAUCCAAUCUCUCUCUAGCCGUGGUGAAAUCGCCGACGCCCGCAAACUGUUCGAUGAAUUGCCCCACCGAAGCACAAUCGCAUGGAACUCCAUGAUCUUUGGCUACUCUCAACAUGGGCUCCUCGACCAAGCCCAUUCCCUCUUUGACUCCUUCUCCGGUCGCAACACCCGCACGUGGACCAUCCUCGUCUCCGGCUAUGCCAAAGCCGGCCGCCUUGAUGAAGCCCGGGAGCUCUUCAACUCGAUGCCCGACCAAAAUCCUGUUUCUUGGAAUGCAAUGAUUAGUGGGUAUGUUCAAAAUGGCAGUAUUAGGAAUGCAAGGGAACUGUUUGAUGAAAUGCCGGAAAGAAAUUGCGAGUCUUGGAAUGCGAUGGUUACUGGGUAUUGUCGUGAAUGUAUGAUGGAGGAGGCGAGGGGGUUGUUUGAGUUGAUGCCUGAAAAGAAUUUGGUUUCUUGGACUGUUAUGAUAUCUGGGUAUGUGAGGGUUAGUAAGUUUGUUGAGGGUUGGAGGAUUUUUAGGAGGAUGAUUGAUCGCGGGUUUCGCCCGGAUCAGUCGAGUUUUGCUGCAGCUGUUAAUGCUGUUGUGGGUGUACAUGAUUUGUGCUUGCUUGAAAAUUUUAGGACAUUGGCCAUCAAAACAGGGUUUGAAGCUGAUGUGGUUAUAGGAACGGCGACAUUGAAUGCAUAUACUAGAUAUAGUCAAGGGUUAGACUUGGCUAAGAAGUUUUUUGGGGGGAUGAAGGAAGUUAAUGAUUAUACUUGGUCCACAAUGAUCUCUGCAUUGUCCCAUGUUGGGAGAUUGGAUGAUGCAGCAUCUGUCUUCGAGUGUGAUCCGGAGAAGUCUAUCGCAUCUAUGACAGCGAUGCUGACUGGUUAUGCACAGCAUGGAAGGAUUGAAGAAGCUAGGUUUUUGUUUGAUCAGAUUCAGAACCCUAACGUGGUAUCUUGGAACGCGAUGAUUGCUGGGUAUUCACAGAAUGGCAUGCUUGAUGAAGCUAAGAAGUUGUUCGAUGGGAUGCCUGUUAGAAAUCCGGUAUCUUGGGCAGCAAUGAUUUCUGGCUUUGCUCAAAAUGGAAGAUCUGAAGAAGCUUUGGAAUUCUUAAUUGAGCUUCAUAGGCUGGGUAUGUUGCCUAGUCCUUCUAGUUUUACAAGUGGUUUCUCUGCUUGUGCUGCUGCUGGAGCUAUUGAGAUCGGUAGACAAUUGCACUCUCUUGCUAUUAAGGUCGGUUCCCAAUUCAAUUCCUUUGUCAAUAAUGGUUUGAUUACUAUGUAUGCGAAGUGCAAGAACAUUGGAGAUGUGAAUCAAGUCUUUAGAUGGAUGAGAACAAAAGAUAGCAUCUCAUGGAACUCUAUGAUAACUGCAUUAGCUCAGAAUUAUAUGCUAGAGGAUGCUAAAAAUGUAUUUGAGAAGAUGCCACAUCGUGACGUUGUCUCCUGGAGUGCCGUUAUAUCUGCCUAUGAUCAGGCUGAGCAAGGAAAUGAAGCCUUUGAACUCUUUCGCAGAAUGUUGGCUGAAGGGACUUUGCCCAAUUCAUUAACAAUGACUAGCCUUCUCAGUGCUUCUGGAAACUUGGGCAUUGUGAAGUUGGGGAGGCAAAUACAUUGCUUGGCUUGUAAAUUAGGCAACAAUCUGAAUCUUAUCGUUGGCAACUCAUUGAUAACUAUGUACUGGAAAUGUGGAUGUGUUGACUCCUUCUCUGUUUUCUAUGAGAUGAGAGAACGAGACACGAUCACAUGGAAUUCAAUCCUUGCAGGGUGUAGUCAGCAUGGAUUUGGACGAGAAGCUAUUGAGAUUUUUGAAAAAAUGAAGGCUGAAGGAGUCUCGCCAAACCAAAUCACCUUUGUAAAUGUCCUCUCUGCCUGUAGUCACGCUGGCUUGGUUGAUGAAGGAUGGAGAUAUUUCAAGUCCAUGAGUAAAGAUUACAGUCUCAUGCCAUUAAAAAAUCACUAUGCUUGUAUAGUUGACCUCCUUGGCCGAGCUGGACAUUUGUAUGAAACCGAAGCAUUUAUAGAAAACAUGCCUAUUGAACCAGACUCUGUAGUAUGGGCUGCACUUCUCGGUGCAUGUAGAAUUCAUCAGAAUGUUGAGCUUGGCAGGAGAGUUGCCGAGAGGCUAUUUGAAAUGGAGCCACAGUAUUCGGCUCAUUAUGUACUAUUAUCCAACAUAUAUGCAUCUCUUAAGAUGUGGGAUGAAGUUGAAGAGGUACGGAAAUUGAUGAGACUUCGAGGUGUGAAGAAAGAGCCAGGUUGCAGCUGGAUGCAGAUAAAGAACAAAAUGCACGUUUUUAUUACGAAUGAUAAGCAACAUGAACAGAUUAAGGAGAUUCAUCGUAAGCUGAAGGACUUGUAUGAUUGGCUAAGAGGUUCAGGUUAUGUUCCUGAUACCAAAUUUGUUCUUCAUGAUUUGGAAGAAGAACAGAAGGAGAAUGUUCUUCUCUACCACAGUGAGAAACUUGCAGUUGCAUAUGCUCUCUUGGCUACUCCUGAGGGAACGCCUAUACAAAUCUUGAAGAACCUAAGGAUCUGUGGCGAUUGUCACACUUUCUUUAGCUUUGUGUCCAAGGUCACUAGUAGAGAGAUUGAUAUAAGGGAUGGUAAUCGAUUUCACCAUUUCAGGAAUGGGGUUUGUACAUGUGGGGACUAUUGGUGAUUGAGGUUCUGAGAAUUUGCGCGGUGAUGCUUCUAAGCGGUACUUGCAAGAGUCAGUUCUAGAUUGGAGAUGAGCUUCACUUCUUUGAGGCUUUAUGGCAAAGUGAUCUAUUGCAGAGAUUAGUACUAACUUAGUCGAACUUUACGGAGAUGAAGAAUACUCACCAAAUACAGCACACUGAUAAUUCUGAGAAGAUUUUCAGGCUAUUGCUUGUAUUACUGAUCCUCCAGUUUUGUUCUGUCGUAAUUCAAGUAAUUUCACAUUACACUACCAAUGGAGCCAUUGAAGAAAAGUUCAUUCCCAAACUGGAUUGUGGGCUGAAGGUAUACACCACAUUUCGAUGUCUUACAUACUCAGGAGGUGUUAGAUUGUCAAAAGUAAGCAGUGAAUUUUCCUGUUUUUAUGGAUAAUGUAGAGUUUCUGAACAUGUUCAACAUAAAAAAAAACCAACAAAGCACAAUUACUAAGAUGACUGAUUGUAAAUUA